AUGAGUACUCCUAGUACUAGUACGCUAUUCGCUCAAGAGCAUCUCGUUGCUACUAUUGGCGAAGUGGCAUACUAUGUUCCAAAUUCACCAUCGCAUCUCGAGAGUACCUUCCGUGACUUUGCCGCGCGGGAUGAUGUGUUUCAGACAGGCUUCAUUCAGGAAGGACUUAUCAUUAUUCCAACUGAGAGUGAAAUCAGUGGCGACGAUCCAGUCCCAGACGAUUUGAAAGAGUUCCUAGAUUCUCAUUCCACCUCUCUGGUUUUCUGUCAAGGUCUACUGGAUGUUCCUGAAGGACCUUACUUUGUCAGAGGCAAUCAUCUCCGCCAGGCGUGGCGGCUUUACGAGGAUGAGACCCUGAGCUUCAUCACAACUGUGAUUGCUCAUGACCAGGAUUCAUUCCGGGCACAGAAUGAGACUUCGUCGUUUGUCAAAGAGCUCAUCGUACAGGGGGCAGUGAUCGUGGGGAAAACAAAGAUGUCUGCAUACACCGGAUCUGAAGUACCUCCCGAGAAAACUAUUGAUUAUCUUGCUCCCUUCAAUCUUCGAGGUGAUGGGUACCAAGGUCUCUCUGGGAGCUCCAGUGGUGCUGGAUCAUCAAUCGCAGCUUAUGACUGGGUGGAUAUUUCACUCGGGACAGACGCCACUGGAAGUAUUAGCAUACCUGCUGUCUCAUAUGGAGUAUUGGGGAUACGAACGACUCACUCUGCCUUUUCGUUGGAAGGCGUGAUGCCCAGUGUUCCAGCAUUUGAUACGCUCGGAAUACUGGCGAGAACUUCCCAAGAAAUUCUCAAUGUGUACCGCGCCGCUGGGAAGAUUGGGUCUGAAUACUCGAAACCGACUCAAAUUGUCUACCCCACUGAUUUCUUCCCAAUGAAGAAUGAUCAACAGCAACAUAUGAUUGAAGAAUUCCUACAUGCACUCGAGUCUUAUCUUGAGGUCGAGCAUAGAAGGAUCAGCCUCGCUGAGGAAUGGACUAAAGGAGGGCCUGAUGAUGCCAGAACAGUUCCCUUGGAUAAGUACCUCGAGAAGUCUGGCUAUUGGCCAAACUUCUAUGAUGGACACCAUGUCUACGACGAGUUCAUUUCUGGAUAUCAAAAAAGGUUCAGCAAAAAGGUCUACACAUCUCCCUUUAUGACAAGUUGCUGGAAUGAAGUGACUAAUGCGAUUUUUGAUGAAUGUGAAAGGCAACUAGGAAACGACAUAACCAAAGAAGAGCGAGAUCGAGGACUUCAAGAAUGUGAAAUUUUCUCUCCUUGGAUCUACUCUAAGGUGUUAACACCAGAAGUUAUCAUGCUUCUUCCAUUAGGAAGACCCGGAGCAAACUAUCGUGACUCAGUAGGAAAUGCUACAGCUGGUCCUCCAUCAACAACCUUCAGUCCAAUCUAUUUCUCAACAAUCAUCGGUGCUCCUCAAGUGGUUGUUCCAGUUGGUCAGAACCCGUUCGAGUCACGAGUAUCUGGAAACAUCGAAUGCGCGCCUAUCGUUGUAUCUCUGAUAGGACAUAAAGGCGCAGAUGUUACCCUCCUCAGAGUACUAAAAGCUACACUCGAUUAUCAUGACUGGCCUUCCGAAGUUCUGACAGGAAGGAACAUAUUCCACUUUGGGAACAAUGCUCGAAAUUUAGCCAGGAAUCCCUCUGGACUCCUACCCAAAGUGUAA